AUGCAAGAGGCGCUGCUGGGAACCUGGCGCCUCGGCCGGUCUUCAUCCUCCACAGUCCAGAGGCGGGCAACAAGAAGGCCCCUCUUCAGGGACCACUGGGACCGCUACGUCGCAAGGAAGUCAAUGGGCAGCGCCCUUGAAAGGGCCACAGGCCGAUCCCAGCCUACCGUAACAGCAACGUACUGCUCUUCCCGGCACCCAAGGACCAGUGCCUAA